CCCGACUCGGCCCGUCAGACUCUGGGCAGCCGGCGGGAUGACGGACGGCACGUGCCUGCGCCGCCGAGGGGGCCCCUGGCCCACGCCGCCCGCCACCGACCUGGGCCGCUGGCGCCUGCGCUGCGAGGUGGGCCGCCAGACGUGGACCUACCUGCGGGAGGACGAGGCGGCCGAGCGCGAGCAGACGGCGCUGGAGGCCCACUCGCUGGGGCUGGACGCCAAGAGUUACUUCAAGGACCUGCCCAAAGCCCAUACAGCCUGGGAUGGUGCCUUCAAUGGGAUGAUGUUUUACAAAGAACUGCAGGCUGAGGACGGGCACUGGGCCGGCGAUUAUGGAGGACCACUCUUCCUCCUGCCAGGCCUCUUGAUCACAUGCCAUGUGGCACGUAUCCCUUUGCCAGCUGGAUACAAAGAAGAGAUGGUGCGGUACCUGCGCUCAGUGCAACUACCUGAUGGCGGCUGGGGCCUGCACAUUGAGGACAAGUCUACGGUGUUUGGGACUGCGUUGAACUAUGUGGCUCUGAGAAUUCUGGGCAUUGGGCCUGAUAAUUCUUACAUGGUACGAGCCCGGAACCUUCUUCAUAAGAAAGGCGGUGCUGUUUUUAUCCCCUCUUGGGGAAAAUUCUGGCUGGCUAUCCUAAAUGUUUACAGCUGGGAAGGCCUCAACACUCUGUUUCCAGAAAUGUGGUUGUUUCCUGACUGGGCGCCUGCACACCCUUCUACACUCUGGUGCCAUUGCCGGCAGGUCUACCUGCCCAUGAGCUACUGCUAUGCUACUCGGCUGAGUGCUGAAGUGGACCCAUUAGUUCAGAGCCUUCGCCAGGAGCUCUACGUGGAGGACUACGCCAGCAUCAACUGGUCAGAACACAGGAACAGUGUGUCCCCUGAUGACCUGUACACACCCCACAGCUGGCUGCUCCAUGUGGUAUACAGCCUCCUCAACUUCUAUGAGAGCCAUCACAGCACAAGCCUGCGGCAGCGGGCCAUCGAGAAGCUGUAUGACCACAUCGCAGCUGACGAUCGCUUCACCAAGUGCAUCAGCAUCGGGCCGAUCUCAAAAACCAUCAACAUGCUUGUGCGCUGGUAUGUGGAUGGGCCAUCCUCCUCUGCUUUCCAGGAGCACGUUUCCAGGAUUCCUGACUACCUCUGGAUGGGCCUCGAUGGCAUGAAAAUGCAGGGCACCAACGGCUCACAGAUCUGGGACACUUCAUUUGCAAUUCAGGCACUACUGGAGGCCAGUGCAGAACAUAGGCCUGAAUUGUCGUCCUGUUUGGAAAAGGCGCAUGAAUUUCUCCGGAUCUCACAGAAUCCAGACAACUUUCCUGACUACCAGAAGUACUACCGACAGAUGUGUAAGGGUGGCUUCUCCUUCAGCACUGUAGAUUGUGGCUGGAUUGUUUCCGACUGCACAGCUGAGGCCUUGAAGGCUGUUCUUCUCCUUCAAGAAAAGUGUUCCUUUAUCACCAAGCAUAUCCCCCGAGAACGACUCUUUGACGCUGUUGCUGUGUUGCUGAAAUUGAGAAAUUCCAAUGGAGGAUUUGCCACCUAUGAGACCAAGCGUGGGGGCAUCUUGCUGGAGCUGCUGAACCCCUCAGAGGUCUUUGGAGACAUCAUGAUAGACUACACAUAUGUGGAAUGUACCUCGGCUGUGAUGCAGGCACUGACGCUUUUCCACUCUCAGUUUCCAGAUCACAGAGCUGAGGAGAUCAGGGACACCAUCAAGCAGGGCCUAUCAUACUGUGGGAAGAUACAGAGGGCUGAUGGCUCCUGGGAAGGAUCCUGGGGAGUCUGUUUCACCUAUGGCACCUGGUUUGGACUGGAAGCAUUUGCCUGCAUGGGGCAGGUCUAUCAUGAUGGGGUGGCCUGUGCAGAAGUCACCCGGGCUUGUGACUUUCUGCUGUCCAAACAGAUGGCAGAUGGCGGCUGGGGGGAGGACUUCGAGUCCUGUGAGCAGCGUCGCUAUGUACAGAGCAGUGGGUCCCAGGUCCAUAACACCUGCUGGGCCCUAAUGGGGUUAAUGGCUGCCAGGCAUCCUGAUGUAGCAGCCCUUGAGAGAGGAAUCAGGUGUCUGCUUAGCAAGCAGCGCUCCAAUGGCGACUGGCCCCAGGAGAACAUCCCUGGAGUCUUCAACAAGUCCUGUGCCAUCAGCUACACAAACUAUAGAAAUGUCUUCCCCAUCUGGACCCUUGGCCGCUUCUCCCAACUACAUCCUGAGAGUGACCUCGCUGGCCACCCCUGAGAGCACACUUCAGAGUUUUUGGGUGGGCACUGGGGUCUUGGGGGGUGACUAAGCUUUGGUGGUCACACAGCAUAGACAGGGUCCAGUGAAGAAAGGAGAUCCCUGUAGCUGUGUCUUGCUGGGGCCUGGCCUGUAAGGGAUGAGGUUAAGUUCUAGCUAUAGAACUGGUGGAGGACAGUACUAGCUGAUGAUGCUCAGUGAGUUCUGUCCUCCUGUAGCUGCGGGAGAUUCCUUGACCCAUGAAAGGUCUCAGGAGCACCUAUGCCUCGUUCACAUCCUUCUUGGUGCUGUCGGGGAGACAGUCUGAAUGGACUUCCCCCAGCAGUAUUUUCUGGGCUUUGCUCUGUUGGGCUGAGGAAUGUUACCACGUACCAAACAGUUCGGUGAAGGAGGGUGACCUCUCUGAUCUUGCCCCCAAGAUCCAGUGAAGAAUGGGCACCACACUUGCUGAGAGUCUUGGGGCCAUUCGGGGGGAAGCCAGUCCCGACAUACCAACCCAUCCUUGAUCUCAAGCUCAUGCCCAUUGCAUG